ACACUAUUCAAUCAGUGUGAAAUCAACAGCUAACAGCUAAACAAUGAAAGCUAUACCAAUUGCCGUCUUGGCUAUCAGCCUUUUGGUGGUCUUCGUCGCAGCGCGGCCGAAUACAUAUGAAUCACAGGAAUAUGGUUUAAGAAAGCAGCAACAAAGACCUGAGCAGAGGCCACCACAAGAGUCUGGCGAGGAGCAGCAACCAAAUGGACCACCAGAGAACAAUGAUGACUCAAAUGAACGCCCACCACAACAAAACGGUCCCGGCAAACGUCCAUCACACGGUCAUCACGGCAAUGGCAAUGGCCAUGGUCACGGUCAUGGUAAUGGUCAUGGUCAUGGUCCCCCACACGGUCACCGCCCACCACAUCGUCCCACCCCACCGCCAGAGGAUGAUACCACAGCUGAUUCUAACGAGUCUUCAGUGGUGCCCGAAGAGUCUACGGUUCAGCCUGAGGAGUCAACUGUGCAGCCAGAAGAAACUACCGUACAGCCCGAGGAAUCUACUGUGGAGCCAGAGGAGACUACAGCACAACCCGAAGAGUCUACAGUGCAGCCUGCAGAAUCAACUGCUCAACCAGAAUCAACUGUUCAACCAGAAUCAACUGCUCAACCAGAAUCAACUGUUCAGCCUUCUACUGCUCAGCCCGCAGAAACUACAGCACAACCCGAAGAGUCUACUGUUCAGCCCGAAGAGACUACAGACCAACCUGAAGAGUCUACAGUGCAGCCUGCAGAAUCAACUGCUCAACCAGAAUCAACUGUUCAGCCUUCUACUGCUCAGCCCGCUGAAACUACAGCACAACCCGAUGAAUCUACUGUUCAACCUGAAGAAUCAACUGUUCAACCCGAAGAGUCUACUGUGGAGCCAGAAGAGACCACAGCACAACCUGAAGAGUCUACUGUGCAGCCUGAAGAGUCUACUGUUCAGCCCGAAGAAACGACAGCACAACCUGAAGAAUCUACUGUUGAGCCCCAAGAAUCAACUGCUCAGCCCGAAGAGUCAACUACCUCGGAGUCUUCAACUCAGGCUCCACUUGAGACCACUUCUGAGGCCCCAGUUGAAUCCACUCAGGCUCCCGAAGAGUCUACAACUGAAGCACCUGAGGAGACUACGCAGGCACCAGAGGAGACCACAACCGAAGCCCCUGAGGAAACAACAGCUGCACCUGAAGAGACCACAACCGAGGCACCCGAAGAGACAACAGCAGCACCAGAGGAACCUGAAUCAAGUUCGGCCCCUGAAGAUCUUGAUGUAACUACCAAGGCACCCGAAGAUCCAGAAGAGACAACAACCGACGGUUCUGGCGAAACAACCUUAGUCACAGAAGAGCCAACGGAAACCACUCAAGAACCCGAGGAAACCACAACUGAGGGCUCGGGAGAGACAACAGAGGAGAGCACCACGGUGCCAGAGGAGACAACAACAGAGUCUGAGGAGGGAAGCGGAGCGACGAGUAGUUAAGCAACACGUGAGCUCUCUCUCUCCUUCUCGCUCUAUAGAGAGACUCGUAGGUCGUAUAGCAAGACGUCAUUAAAGCAUUGAGAUAUGCAUUUGCAAAAUCAUAUUUCUUAGAAUUUCAUUCUUUAUUCAAUAUGACUAGUGCUUAGCCAAAAGCAUAAGCGACAUGUACUGAUGGUUUUUAGUUAAGAAUCGCAAUUAAAUUGUUUAUUUUAAGUAGUUGCUGAUAUUCAAAUUAUACGAUUAUCAAAUCAAAGUCCCUGUGUUAUUCUUCUAUUGAAUUCUAAAGAAAUACGUCUUAGAUUUAUCUUUACGCACGUCGAAAAUGUUAAUUCGUUAUGUCAACUUGUCACUGAUAAUUGUGAUAAUUCACAGUCAAUCCACUUGAGAACGAGAUUAAAGUACUUUCCGCUAUUGCCAAUAACGUCAUGAAGUUUUAGUCUGAUUCCUGACCCACGGUUGCCAUUUAGAAAUUUAAUCGUUCAAGUGCGACAGAUCGACUCGGCUUUAAUCUACGACAAUAAAAUAAUCACCUCGCCCAUUAGUCACUCGAUUCCAAUCGAUAUUUUGGCAGUGACAGUGACAAUGGAAACUUUCUGUGUUUGCCGAUUAGAUUGCAUCAGAGAAACUGUCAGACUAUUGAAUUAUUUGCGCAUUCCAUACAAAUAAAUAAAUUUGCAUAACAAAGUUGUAACAAGUUCUAGCUGUUUACCAACUAUGUAUCGGAUGCAACAGCAGCAACUGUGCAAAUAUGUCAGCGGCAUCUGGAAGUGCCCUAUAAAAGGGCAUUCGAUUAAGAGUAAUGACAAUUAAACACUCAUCAUGAGAGCUAUCACACUUGCAAUCUUCGCAAUCUUGUUGGUCGCCGUUAUGGCACAGCGAGGACCUGGAGGUCCAGGACGCGGUCCCCCAGGAGGCGGUCCUCCAGGAGGCGGACCUCCCGGUGGUCAAGGCCAGGGUCCACCUAGCAGAGGCCCCGGAGGCCCAAGCAGAGGCCCCGGCGGUCCAAGCAGACGCCCACCUCCAUCGAACAGCAGCGAAAGCAGUGAAAGCAGUGAGAGCGAUGACAGCAGCGCUGAUAACGACGAAGACGCCGACCAGGAUGCUGAUCAGGAUGGUGAUGACCAGGAUGAUGAUCAGGAUGAAGACCAGGACGAAGAAGAUGCUCGUCGCAAAUAGAGUGGAAACACUUGAAAAAAACAGCCAAUAAAUAAGUUUAUGCACAAUCAAAAAA